AUGUUUUAUCAAUGUCUAUCUACAUCAACGACAAAUGUAAAAUCACAAGAUAAUAUUAACAUAGUAACAAGACAAGGAAGAAAUACAACUAAAUUAAGUUUUUGUUUAAUAUGUAAUGCUGAAGCACGUAUUAUUAAUUAUGGUGCACUUUCUUGUUAUUCAUGUAAAACAUUUUUUCGUCGUCAUAGUUUAAAUAUAAAAAAUAUGAAUCCAUGUCAAUAUGGAAAUCAAUGUAAGAUAACAGUACAAACACGAAAAUGUUGUUCAUCAUGUCGAUUAGCUAAAUGUUUUGCAAUGGGUAUGUCAAUAGAAUUUAUUCGAAAAGAAUAUCGAAGAUCAAAAUGUUCUUCAUCGAUUAAAUCAAAGUCACUUCUACCAAUCAUUUCAUUAAAUUUACUAAACCAUGAUCAAUCAUCUCUUAAUAAUUCUGAAUGGAAUUUAUUAUCAAAUGUAGUUCAUGCUUUUGAUAAAUUCAAUUUGAUUCAAUCAAUGCAUGAUAUAACUAAAUAUGUAGCUCUUGUUGAACCCACAAUUGAAAUUGAUAUAUCUCAAACAUUUAAUCUAUUUGCCUCUUUUUAUACGGCAGUACAAUCAUUCGUUAAUGUUACAGCUGAUUUUCGUAUAUUAACUGUGGCUGAACAACGUUCACUAUUUCAACGUAAUUUACAUGGUCUAUUUAAUCUUUAUAGUAUAUUAAUGUUACGUGAUGCCGGUAUAUUUAAUAAUAUGAGAAAUGAAAGUAUUAUUGCACCUUUAUAUGGACAAGAAAUUGUUCGUCGAGCAAAACGAAUUUCUAUGAGACUUGAUUUUGAUUUGACACUUAUUAAAAUGCUUCAUAUGAUUUUUGCUUUUUCUACAAAUUGUUACACAAUCAAUUAUAAUCCACAUAUGAAUAAUGAUGCUCUUCUUACAGGUACUUUUCGUUUACUUGGUAGUCAAGAUGUAUAUACGGAAAUAUUAUGGAAAUAUAUGAUAUAUCGAUAUGGUUAUGAAGAAACUAUUCUUCGUUUUACAGCACUUAUUAAAAUAAUUCUUGAUCAAAUUGUACUUUCAACAGAUACUUAUAUGAAUAAUCGACAUCAUCAAAUAAUUGUUGAUGAUUUAGUUGAACAAGCAAAACAUUCACUUAGUCUUAAUGAAAAAGAUUUUGUUCCAUUAUGGGGAAAAGAUUAUCAAUUAGACAAUUGA